AUGUGUACCCAUGAUAUUGAUGUAUGGACUGUGAUUGAAGAAAGUCCCUUUGUGAUCACAAAAGAAGCUGGAGAAAAAAUUAUACCUAAGAAAAAAUCCAAAUGGACUCCAGCGGAUAAAACACAUAUACAACAAUACUUUAAAGCUAUUGCAUUCUUUCAAUGUGCUCUUAGUGAAAAGGAAUUCAAUAGAACUAGUAUGUGUAGCACAGUUAAAGAGCUGUUUGAUACUCUUGUGGUUACCUAUGAAGGAACAUCACAAGCAAAACAACUCAAAAUUGAUAAACUUAUCUAUGAGUAUGAAUUGUUUAAAAUGCUUGAUGAUGAAAGUAUUUCUGAUAUGCUUACUAGAUUUACUAACACUGUCAACAAGUUGAAAAGCUUAGGAAAGGAAUACUCCAAAGCUGAAAAUAUAAGAAAGAUCUUGAGAUCAUUGUCCUAA